AUGAAAUUGAUGGGAAUGUGCUCAAUGCGAGGAUGGAAAGGUGUUCAAUGCAGGAAAUUGUUUGUUUUUGCUACAAUCCUCUUUGCCGCAUCAAUUGUUUAUUUUUAUAUAAGUGAGAAGCGAGAAAUCGUGGAGUUCACUGAAGGUCCUGUUACAGAUUUUUCAAUGAAAACGACGACGGAAGUUGUAAACGAUAAUAUGCUAGAAGAAGGUUACUAUGCAUACGAGAGAGCAGCACAAGAAUCAGGUGGAGUGCGAGUAAUAAGAUUCAACAAAACUGCCAACGAUGUCAUUGUAUUUGUGCAUAUUCAAAAAACAGCGGGCACGACAUUCGAGAAGUUUCUAGUACGCUACCAACAGAAUCUACCAUGCAAGUGUCAGGCGCACAAAAAAAGAUGCAAUUGUGGGCGUAAUGCGUCAAAUGAGACGUGGCUGUUCUCUCGCUAUUCAACUGGAUGGGUAUGCGGGCUUCACGCUGAUUUCACUGAACUUGUCGUCAACAGUUGUGUACAGCGAGUUUUGGAUAAGCAAGCAGGUCAUAAAAAGAAAAGAAACUACUUCUACACUACAUUUCUGCGCAACCCAACUGAUCGAUUCAUCUCGGAAUUUCGGCAUGUUCAAAGAGGCGCUACAUGGAUAUCUUCCAAACACGUUUGCAACGGACGACCAGCGUCAGUUAACGAUCUGCCGACAUGCUUCGACCCGCGCAUUGGCUGGGAAGGCGUUUCAGUGGAAGAGUUCAUCUCAUGCCCUUACAACUUGGCCUUUAACAGACAAACCAGAAUGUUGUCAAAUUUAUCACUUGUUGGAUGCUAUGAACAUCUACGUAGGCCGUCUUAUGAACAAGACAAAAUAAUGAUGGAAAGUGCGAAAGAAAAUCUGAGAAAUAUGGCAUUCUUCGGUAUCAAAGAACGGAUGGAUGACAGUCAGUACUUUUUCGAAGCCACGUUUGAUAUGAAAUUCUCUCGAAAAAUGUCAGUAUGGGGAAAAAGCAAGUCCAACGACACAGUGCUAACCGCAUCUCAACUUGCCUACAUUCGAAACGUGAACAAGUUAGACUGGGAACUCUACGAAUAUGCUCUUCAACUUUUCAAUGAGCGUCUCAGUCAGCUUCACAGGAAGAAACGACGUCUUCGUUGA